CAAGUGGAGCUUAUUGGGCCUAAGGCUGGUAAUAUUUACUGCCAACGAUAAUGUUGUUGGCCUGUCCAGGCAGCACAAACAACGUCAAACAGAACACAGGUGUCAUGCAAUUAUUAGAUUCUGCAGUAAGGUAAUUAUUUGUGUCCUUAUAGUAAAAUGCCUGGAACAAGCCUAGAUAAACAACAUACAUCUGAACUAUCCUCUGAAGCCAGGCUAAACUUUUGUAUUGUAUGUGACUGCCAAAAAAUCCCCUUUCGUCAAUCUAAACAACGUACAAAUUAUUCUGACAAAAUCUAAAAAUAACUAUAACUUGAAUUGUUUCUUAUGCAGAGAUAAUUUGAACAUCUAUGAAAAGUGGAAUUGAAGAAAAUUUUAGAUUGGCCUAUCGCAAAAAUACAUCUCAACGAUUUCUUUGUUUAUGUAGUGCCAUUCUGUGGUGGAAAAAUCCAAACAUUCAUUUAAAAAAUAAGACCUAUAUCAGUCAUAUAUCAUCUGACAGCACAUGAACUCAUGUAAUGUAAUCAAUCAGUAGUUUUGAAACUAUAUACGCAAGAUAAAGUAUAAGCACAUGUGAUAUAUGUAUGACAGAUCUUAUGUAGACAAAGCGCAAGAUUCGUGAUCAUAAAUGUGUAAGUAUAUAUCACACAAUGAGGAGAAUAUCAGAUAAUCUACUUUCCAAUAUUAUGACUACAACACCUGACCUGGGCGACAGCCAUCCUGACAACAUGAAGCAUGUUUUUAUUUCACUGUCACUAACAUAGCCACGUCGACAGGGGAACAGCUCAACAUUGUUAGAUGACACAAGGUCCCGCUGACUGGGUAACACAGGUCCAAAACAACAUGUACGAGAACUACCUGCAGAAGUCUACCCAGAAGCUACAGGAUGAGAUUCAUCACACCAUGAAGAUGUACUCUGUGGAGAAACAGCAGCUUCUGAAACAGCUAGCCAGUCUCCGGCAUAACAUGUCCGAACUCAAGAUCUCAGACACUGGAGUCAGUCCAAGGUUUUCAGGCAAUGGGAAAAGUCCAAGGUACAGUGUUAAUGGUGCAAUACCCAAGCACAUUGGGCGUGAGCAACAUCGACUACCUCCUAUUAUCAAAACUGGGCUAAUAGGUACUGUGUAUCCCAACUGUGAGAAGAGCAUGUCUGAAGAAGCGCGAGAUCGGGAUGAGAUUGUUAAUCAGAGACUUCAGAGAAGUGACACAGACCUUACAUUCUUAUCUGAUGAGUUCAGUGGUGAGAGCAAACACAAUGACAAUGGUGAUGUUGAAGGAGAAUUCAAACUGUUCCCGGAAAGGAAGGUUCCAAAGAAAACAAAAACAUCAAAGGAUAUUCCAGUUUUUAAACUGCCUCAGAUUAAGGAGGAAGCUCCAAGACCCCUGUGGUACUCUGGCAACAACUCUCAGACUGUCAAGCAACGGGCUCACUCUCCACUGACAGCCCUGCCUCAGAUCCAUGAAAUGAGGCAGAUCUCAGAGAACAACUUUGACAUACCCACCGUGAAAGACCCAUUAAGAUGUGAAAUUUCAAUUCCCACAAAAUCUGUCACCAAAAAGGUCCACUUUGCUGGCAGCAACAGUGUCAGGAACUCUGAUAGCCUGGACAAGACUAAUAGUCACCUUCCCCAACUUUCAAAGAAAAAGUUCCAAAUGCAUAAACCUUCACGGAAGACAAAAAAACAUUUCCAACAAUUUCCGAAUGUUCAAGAAAGUAGUUCUUCUCAAUCUGACUCCACAGAGGCUCCGCAGUGUCAAGCUCCACAAGGUACAGAGGAGUGGAAGUCACUGUAUGCAAAUAUCCAUGACCCUGAAGAAAGGACAAAGACUCUAGGGGACAUACUGUACGCUGUGAGGGUCAAGAUGAGAGAAAAUGAGCAGAACUUGAUGUUUGGACACAAGCCAGUUGAGGACAAAACAGACAAUACUCUUUGUGACUAUUUGCUCGUUCACAAGGACGACCAGGACGGGAUACGCAAAACACGGAAAAUCUUGCACCAUCACAAGCGAGGUCAUAUCCCAAGCCACACUGCCGAGCGACUUCAUCGUCGGUCCAAUGCUGUCCAGCUACAGAACUACCUGAAGAAGUUAUCUCGACAACGGCGCAUGAUUGAACACAUGGAGGGAGAGGAGUACAGACUCACACACAUUGUAGGUCAUCGGCAGCUGCAGGAAGCUGCUCACAAGUCUGUGCAAUGACAAAUGUAUUCUGGAGACAGAUCGUUUUUCCUGAAGACAGUUUAACCAGUCUUCAAAGCACUCAAGCUGGGGUUAUAGUGUGGGCUGAAUCUAAACUUAACAUUCAUUAGGAAGAAACUUUGGACAAGAAUCAUAUUUCAGAAACUUCACAGCAAUGAAUGUGGAAUAUGUAUUAUUGCAAUUUUAGGGUUCCAGAACUGACAAUCAUGAACGGCACCAUUGAAUACCAGUAUUUUAGUUGCAUAUGCUACAUUGACUUAUCCAGGGCUAGAGACCAUGAGUUGAACAAGCCAACAGCUUUCACUGGUUGUUUCUGUGACUUAAUUUUAGGAGAAGUGAUUCCAGAUAUGAACGAGUGGAUCUCUCUGUCACUGCUUAUGAGGGUUGUAAAUCUCAUGAAGAUAAUAAAUGGGUUAAAAUUAA